CCCGAACCGCAGAGCCGCCGAGCGGGGAUCCGAGGAGCCAGACGCCGAAGAUAUUACACAAAAACGCCCGGAAAUUACACUUUAUGUCCUGUUAUCCCAGUGGGAAUUUGGACUGGAACUACUGCGAUGAAAUAGCGUCGAAAGGAGCGCCACGUCCACGGGAGAAAGUGAAGAAAUACGGAGGAAAGAGAGGUUGGCGGCUGCGAUGCUGGUCUGAUCUGACCCGGCUUCCUCUGUUUCAAGACUACAUUUCCCAUGGAGCUGUGCACCGACACACACACUGAUCUGCCAUGGAGCCAGCAGUCAGGGUUUUGGACCCAAAGAGCCAGUGAGACAGAGGAGGACCUGAUAUUGUGAUAUCACCCUCUAAACCUCACCCCCAUCCUUGUCGUCUCCCUCCUCCAUCCCUCCUGCCUGUCCUCCAGUUCUGAGGCCUCCUCAGGCCGGCUCAAGCUCCUGCUGUGGAUUAGAGGUUUAUCGGGACUGGGCCGUCUCCUCUCAGUCCAACACGCUGACCAGCUGAUCAGAAGCUCCCUGAUCACGCAGCACGGGGCAGCCUGGGCCCAGAUCCGUCUGCUCUCGGUCCGGUCCUGUUGCAGGAUGGCAGGUCUCCCGUUCUGUUUGGCUGUGACGGCCGCCGCUCUCCUGCUGACCCUCGGAGCCGACGCUGCAGGUCAGAACCCAGACCACGUCCUGCAGGGGACAGGGGUGAAACCAGAGGCUCGGAGACCAGGGGAGGACUCUACCAUCGCGCCUGAGGACGCCGCUCGAUUCCUCAGCUGCUACUGCUCCGGACACUGUCCUGAAGACGCCACGAACAACACGUGCCAGACCAACGGUCAGUGUUUCGCCAUCAUUGAAGAGGAUGAGCACGGAGAAGCCAUCCUCACCUCCGGCUGCAUGAAGUAUGAAGGCUCACACUUCCAGUGCAAGGACUCGCCCAAAGCUCAGACCAGGAGGACCAUCGAGUGCUGCAACACGGACUUCUGCAACAGAGACCUGCAGCCCACCCUCCCCCCUCAGGCGCCCUCAAAAGACAGCCCCCACUGGCUCGCCUUCCUCAUCUCUAUGACGGUCUGCUGCUGCACUCUGAUCUGUGUCACCGUGGUCUGUUACUACAGGUAUAGGUGGCAGACGGAGCGUCAGCGAUAUCACAAGGAUCUGGAGCAGGAAGUCUUCAUUCCUGCUGGAGAGUCACUCAGAGACCUUAUUCACCAAUCACAGAGCUCCGGCAGCGGCUCCGGGCUCCCCCUGCUGGUGCAGAGGACCAUCGCCAAGCAGAUCCAGAUGGUGCGUCAGAUCGGUAAAGGCCGGUACGGCGAGGUGUGGCUGGGCCGCUGGAGGGGAGAGAAGGUGGCCGUCAAAGUCUUCUUCACCCGAGAGGAAGCCAGCUGGUUCAGAGAGACGGAGAUCUACCAGACCGUCCUGAUGAGACACGAGAACAUCCUCGGCUUCAUCGCGGCCGACAUUAAAGGUACGGGCGCCUUCACGCAGCUCUUCCUCAUCACUGACUUCCACGAGAGCGGCUCUCUGUACGACUACCUGAAGCUGACCACGCUGGACACGCAGGCUCUGCUGCGACUCGCCUACUCCGCCGCCUGCGGCCUCUGUCACCUGCACACCGAGAUCUACGGCACGCAGGGCAAGCCGGCCAUCGCCCACCGCGACCUGAAGAGCAAGAACAUCCUGAUCAAGAAGAACGGCACCUGCUGCAUCGCCGACCUCGGCCUCGCCGUUAAGUUCAACAGCGACACUAACGAGGUGGACGUCCCUCUGAGCACCCGGGUGGGGACGAGGCGCUACAUGGCCCCCGAGGUCCUGGACGAGAGCCUCAACAAGAACCACUUCCAGGCUUACAUCAUGGCCGACAUGUACAGCUACGGCCUCGUCAUCUGGGAGAUGGCCAGACGCUGUGUGACCGGAGGUAUCGUGGAGGACUACCAGCUGCCGUACUAUGAGAUGGUGCCCUCUGACCCCUCCUACGAAGACAUGCUGGAGGUGGUGUGUGUUAAAGGACUUCGACCCACAGUGUCCAACCGCUGGAACAGCGACGAGUGCCUUCGGGCCAUGCUGAAGCUGAUGUCAGAGUGCUGGGCUCAUAACCCCGCCUCCCGCCUCACCAUCCUCAGAGUCAAGAAAACGCUCGCCAAGAUGGUGGAGUCCCAGGACAUCAAGAUCUGACCUUCCUCUUCAUCAUCCUCGUCCCGCCUCCGCCGCCAGAUUCACCUGAAUUUGCUCGACCUGACCUGGACCGGAUCAGACCGGAUCAGACCGGAUCGGCUUCCCCAGGCUCACCCUUUGUCAGGAGGAGGAGGAUCUGGGAGACAAAAAACUAUUUUUAAAAAAUGGACCCGUCUCAGGGCUGAACUGUGCGCCGCCUCCUCCUGCU